ACCACACUUCAUGUAUCUCAGCUAACCUAGUAACAGAGGAAACUGACAUUUAUAAUAAACAUAGAGGCGAAGGAGUAGAAAGCAUGGAUGCCAGCCAAAAUGCAACGGGAACAAAAGCUGGGAGUGAAGCUCAUCGUCUAAAUAUAAAUAUGAGACCAGAUUCUGAUGCAGAGCUCACAGCAAAUGUUUCUCAGUCAUCCUCCACACCCAUUGUCCAAGGUCAGCCUGGUGCUUCUCCGGAGGAUAACGCACAUGGCACACAGGCCCAGGCUGCUUCAGACACAGAUAAGAAAAAUGCUAUUAAGCCAGCUGUCCAAAUAACCUUUAAUACAUUCACUGUCAAAAAUGGUGAGAAUCUGAAAAUAGAGAUCCCAGUGACUGGGCAGCCAGCACCAAAGAUUGAGUGGAAAAAAGAUGGUCUGGCAGUGAAGGAGACAUCAAGGCUGGAGAUGUCAACCAAAGGUUCAUCAACAAUUCUUAAUUUCAGACAUGCUGCAAGGGAGCACUCUGGGCAGUAUUUUGUCACAGCAGCAAACACUGCUGGAAAACACACAGGAGAAAUCACUGUGGUUGUUCUUGAAAAGCCGGACCCACCCACCGGGCCUGUGAAGAUUGAUGAGAUCAGUUCCGACUAUGCUACCAUCUCUUGGGAGCCCCCUGAAUACACGGGGGGCUGUCAGCUUGACAACUAUGUGGUGGAAAAACGGGAAACUUCAAGCACUGAGUGGCAGACAGUGUCAGCAACAACAGUAAGAACCACAAUCAAAGUUACCAAGCUGAAGACAGGAAGCGAAUACCAAUUCAGAGUGUUUGCAGAAAAUAGAUAUGGAAAAAGCACUGCAAUCACGUCUCCCAUUGUGACUGCACAGUAUCCGUUCAGUGUGCCUGCUGCUCCUGGCACCCCUUUCACAUCAACUGUGACAAAGUACAGCAUGGUUGUUGAAUGGGAGCCUCCGGUCAAAGAUGGUGGCAGCCCCAUCAUCGGUUAUCACCUUGAACGUAAAGAGAGGAACAGCAUUUUAUGGACCAAGCUGAACAAGUUUGUUAUAACUGACACUCGCUUCAAAACAAGUGGCCUGGAAGAAGGCAUUGACUAUGAAUUCAGAGUCUUUGCUGAAAAUAUUGCUGGACUCAGCCCAUCUAGCAAGAUAUCUGAAUGCUACGUAGCAAGAGACCGCUGUGAUCCACCUGGUAAACCUGAAGCUGUUGUCAUCACUCGAGAGAACGUCACACUUCAGUGGCUAAAACCCAAGUAUGAUGGUGGGAGCACCAUUACAGGCUAUCUUGUUGAAAAGAGGGAGCUCCCAGAUGGCAGAUGGAUGAAAGCGAACUUUACCAACAUUAUUGAAAAUCUUUUCACUAUCACGGGUCUGACAGCAGGCCAAAGUUAUGAGUUCAGAGUAACUGCUAAGAAUGGCGCUGGCGUUUGGAGCACCCCUUCAGAAAGUGUCACCAUCAUUGCUCAAGAUGUUAUUGAAGCUCCCACUGCGGUCAUUGAUCCUAAAUUCAAAACUAUCAAUGUUGUUCAGGCCGGGGAGACAUUUGUUAUUGAGGCUGAUUACUUUGGGAAGCCACUUCCUCAAAUAAUGUGGCUGAAAGAUGGAAGAGAAAUUGAUAAAACUGCAGCAAGAAUUGAGCUCAAAAAUACAAUCUCUCAUACCACCCUGACUGUUAGGGACAGCACACGAGUGGAUGGUGGACACUUCGUCUUGGUCCUCAGCAACACUGGUGGAACGACAUCUGUUCCCAUUAAUAUGAAGGUCCUCGAUAGACCGGGUCCUCCUGAAGGACCUUUGAAAGUGAAAAUGGUCAGUGCAGAGAAGUGCAAUCUCCACUGGAAUCCCCCUGUAAACGACGGAGGAGCCAGUGUUUCCCACUACAUCAUCGAAAAAAGAGAAACGAGUCGUGUGACGUGGACGAGUGUAGACGCUCAAGUUGAAGCUGUCAGUUACAAAGUGACAAAGCUCGUACCUGGCAAAGAAUACAUAUUUAGAAUCGCAGCUGUAAAUAAAUACGGUGUUGGUGACUUUUUGGAAACAGAACCUUUCAUUGCACAGAAUCCUUUUACCACACCGAGUGCACCUUCCACCCCUACAUCUACUGCUGUCACCGGUGACUCUGUCAUGCUCACAUGGGAAAGACCUGAGACUGAUGGGGGUUCAGAGAUCGACGGCUUCAUUGUCGAGAAACGAGACAAAGAUGGAGUCAGAUGGACCAGAUGCAACAAGAGAAGAUUGAAUGACUUGCGCUUUAGAUGUACAGGUCUCACAGAGGGGCAUUGCUAUCAGUUCAGAGUACUUGCAGAGAAUGCUGCUGGUGUUGGAACACCCAGUGAGCCAAGCGAGUAUAUAAAAGUAUGCGAAGCUACUUACCCACCUGGUCCACCUACCAACCCCAAAGUGACAGACUAUUCUACCAGUACUGUGUCUCUGACCUGGUCAAAGCCAAUCUAUGAUGGUGGAGCAGCCAUCAGUGGAUAUGUGGUUGAGAUGAAAGAAGCAACAGAAGAUGAAUGGACUGCAUGCACCCCAAGCUCAGGUGUGGAAGAUACAAUUUACACAGCCAAAAAUCUGAGACAAAAUGCGGAGUACAAUUUCCGUUUACGUGCAAUGAAUGCUGCCGGAGUUGGGGAACACGUGGAACUAACUGGAUCAGUGGUAACAAGUGAAAAACUGGAGGCACCAGAGAUAGAGCUGGAUGCUACACUGAGGAAGAUAGUCAGUGUUCGAGCCUGCUCCACAUUACGCCUCUUUGUUGCUAUUAGAGGUAGACCAGAACCUGAGGUUAAAUGGAGAAAGGAAGACGGUUCACUCAGUGAGCGUGCUCAAAUUGAGGUAACAGGGACGUACACUGCGUUACUGAUUGAGAAUGUCAAUCGAAACGACACUGGAAAGUAUGUGUUGACUGCUGAGAACUGUAGUGGCUCCAAGUCAGCGUUUAUCAAUGUCAGAGUGUUGGACUCUCCCAGUGCACCAACCAACCUGGAAGUGAAGGACAUCAGGAAAGACUCUGUAAGCAUCUCGUGGGAGGCACCUACCAUUGACGGAGGAGCCAAGAUUUCACACUACAUUGUAGAGAAGCGAGAGGAGUCCAGGAAAGCUUUCACAAGUGUCUGUAGCAACUGUGUGAGGAAUUCAUAUAAGAUUGACAAUCUACAGGAAGGAUGCUUUUAUUAUUUCCGUGUCCUGGCUGUCAAUGAGUUUGGCACUGGACUGCCAGCUGAGAUCUAUGAGCCUGUAAAAGUGUCUGAGGUGCCUCUGCCUCCUGGAAAAAUUACGUGCACUGACGUUACUUGCAAUAGUGCAAGACUGUCUUGGGAAAAGCCGGAUCAUGAUGGAGGGAGCAAAAUCACACGUUACAUUGUAGAAAUGCUGGCCAAAAACGAUGACACAUGGAUUACAUGUUCUGAGAGUAGAACACUAGAAGUGACUGUUACUGGGCUGACUAAAGGAAAGGAGUUUUUCUUUAGAGUGAGUGCUGUAAAUGAAAAGGGAAAGAGUGAACCAAAGUCCCUCUUGACACCUAUUAUAGUAAAAGAUACUAGUGCUGGGCCUAUUAUUAAUCUGCUGUCAAGCACAUUCAGUGUGAAGGCGGGAGGUGAUUUGAAGAUUGAUGUUCCAUUUAAGGGUGUACCACCUCCAACUGCAACCUGGAAAAAAGAUGGCACUUUGGUGAAAGAGACAAGCAGGGUAAAUGUGCACACAUCUGACACAACAUCACAGCUCGUCAUCAGAGAUGUAACCAGGCUGGAUGUUGGUGUGUAUGAGGUGAUUCUGACCAACUCUGCUGGAACCACAUCUGCUGAAAUCUUAGUGAAUGUUUUCGAGAAACCUGGACCCCCAAGUGACCUCAGUGUGGACGAUGUGAGUGCCGACUUUGUGUGUCUGUCAUGGCACCCACCGCAUUAUACUGGUGGCUGUGAAAUCACUAAUUACGUCGUUGAGAAAAGAGAUACGAGCAGCACAAUAUGGCAGACUGUGUCAGCUACAGUGGCAAGAACAUCGAUCAAAAUUUCCCGUCUGACACAAGGCACUGAAUACCAAUUUCAUGUUGCUGCAGAGAAUCGCUAUGGAAAAAGCUCAUUUGUGGAGUCUGAUCAUGUUGUUGCCCAAUAUCCCUUCAAGCCACCUGGUCCACCAACUAACCUCCACAUUGUUCAGGCCUCAAAGUCCGUGAUGGUCAUGGCUUGGAGCAAACCGGACAGUGACGGUGGCAGCCCAGUAAUUGGUUAUCACAUUGAAUGCAAAGAUCAAAGCAGUAUCCUGUGGACAAAGUUAAACAGAAGUCCAGUGACAGACAACCAUUACAAAGCAACAAGUGUCGAAGAAGGUCUGAUAUACGAGUUCCGGAUCAGUGCCGAGAAUAUAGCCGGUGUUGGACCCUGCAGUAAGACAUCUGAGCCUGUCGCAGCGAGAGACCUGUGUGACCCCCCAUCUAAUCUGACAGUCAACAAUAUAACUACCACUUCAGUUUCACUCUCAUGGGACAAACCAGAAUAUGAUGGUGGGGCAAGAAUAACUGGUUAUAUUGUUGAACGCAAAGAACUCCCAGAUAGUUGCUGGCUGAAGUGCAACUUCACAAAUCUACUGGAAACCUUCUUUGAAGUGACUGGCUUGACAGAGGGAGAACAGUAUGAUUUCCGUGUUACUGCAAAGAACGCAGCUGAACUGUUCAGUGCCCCUUCUGAACCCACUGGACCUGUUACAGUGCAGCAUGACGUGGAACCACCCAAAAUUAUCUUGGAGGACAAAUAUAGGCGGGAGGUAGUUGUCAAAGCAGGAGAGCUUCUUAGAAUAGAUGCUGACAUCUCUGGUCGCCCAAACCCAACAGUGUAUUGGAUGAAAAAUGGUAGAAAUAUUGGCACCAAGGGAAGGGUUGAGAUAAUGGCAACCAAGACGCACACCUCUCUUCUUAUUAAAGAGAGUGUUAGGAAAGACUCUGGCCAAUAUACUCUGACCCUACAGAAUGCAUGUGGUACCACGUCCAAGGCUGUCUCUUGCAAAGUACUAGACAGGCCAGGCCCGCCUGCUGGACCUUUGGAAAUUUCUGGACUCACCGCAGAAAAAUGCACUGUGUCAUGGGGACCCCCUCAUGAGACUGGUGGUGCUGAGAUUCUUUACUACAUUGUUGAGAAAUGUGAGACCAGUCGUGUUUCUUGGACUCUUGUGUAUGGUGACAUGAUGGCAACGACUUGCAAGAUCACCAAACUCCUUAAAGGAAAUGAAUAUCUGUUCAGAGUGAAAGCAGUGAACAAAUAUGGAGAAGGAGAGACACUUGAGAGUGAGCCUGUUAAGGCCUUGGAUCCCUACACUAAUCCAUCUCCACCAACGGAUGUUGAGGUCACAAGUGCAACAAAUGAUACAAUGACAGUUUGCUGGAAAAGACCUGCUUCUGAUGGGGGCAGCCGGAUCAGCGGCUACAUUAUAGAAAAAAGGGAGAAGCAUGGUGUGCGUUGGGUCAGAGUCAACAAGAAGCCAGUGUAUGACUUACGUGUUAAAGCCUCGUGCCUGCAUGAGGGAUGUGAGUAUGAAUUCAGAGUCUUUGCUGAGAAUGCUGCUGGAUUAAGUGAACCGAGUGACCCAUCUCCACUCACCCUGGCAGAAGAUCCGAAGUUUCUACCUUCCCCUCCAGCAAAGCCCAUAGUUGUUGAUUCAUCCAGGUCCUCCAUCAUUUUGUCAUGGAACAAGCCACUGUUUGAUGGUGGUGCUACUGUUACAGGGUACAAAGUUGAAUACAGAAAAUCCACAGAAGAUGACUGGACUGUUGGUAUUCACAAUACAGAUAAAACAGAGCUCACAGUGACAGGACUCACAACAGGGGCCGAGUAUGUUUUUAUUGUGAGAUCCAUAAAUAAGGUUGGCAUCAGCGAGCCCAGUCCUGAAACUGACCCUGAAGUUGUCAUGGAGAGAGAGGAGACACCCAGGUUUGACAUUAGUCCUGAGAUGAGGAAGACUCUGCUUGUGAAAGAUGGAAGUUCCUUCACUUUGACGGUGCCAUUCUCAGGAAGACCUGCUCCCACUGUGACAUGGGACAAAGCAGAUGUCGAUCUGAGAGUCCGAGGGUUGAUCAACAUAACCAGCGCUCUCACCUCUAUCACGGUGGAACAGGCAACACGUGAUGAUUCUGGCAAAUAUACAGUCAAAUUGCAAAAUGUUGCUGGAUGUGCAUCUUUGACUUUAAGUGUCAGAGUUUUGGAUUCACCCGGUCCACCGUCUCACAUAACAGUGAAGGAUGUGACCAAGAACUCUGCCACUGUUACCUGGGACAUCCCAGAGAAUGAAGGAGGGGCCCCUGUGAAGAGCUACCUGGUAGACAUACGAGACAUCAGCAGGACAGGGUGGACUCGACUGACGGACAAAUGCCGCAGAUUGUCCUACAGGGUGUCAGACCUUGAGGAGGGUGGCAUCUACUUCUUCAGAAUCACAGGUGAAAAUGAGUAUGGCGUUGGGGUUCCAGCUGAGACCAAGGAAGGAACUAAAAUGACAGAUACAACAGACUGGGAGACAAAUCCAGGAGCUUAGUUCAUUUCCCUGAGUCCUCUCAUGAUCUCCCACAAGAUCUUCACCUGUUUAAUCAAUUUGUUUUGAUUAGUUACUUCAAUAUUACUCUUUUGUGAAUGAAGUUUAAAAUAUCUCAUGAGUGUGUUAAUUUUAUAUGCUUUAUUACAUAUUUUAAGGCACGAGCUGUUGUUGUUUGGUAUAUUAAGUGUGU